CGCCUGUCUCGCUCUGCAAGACCCUAUUACCAUCUGGCUCCAUGCCUAUCCCAGUAGACCUGUGUGCCUAGCAUCACACCUCUCCUCACGAUUGUCGUCUUCCCAACAACGUGUCUAUUUCUCUAACAAACCAACCCUCACCGUCUCCGCCCGACCGCCGCUCGCGGAGUAGGCUCAGUCCUACAGACUCCGACUGCAUGCCGCAAGAUCUGCCACAAUGCCUUGCUUCAAGGGCCUCGCCGUGAGCAUCCACACUCCUAACGGGCCUCUCCCAGAACACUCGGUUCAGAAGACUUCACGCCUCUCUCGUAUCAGUACCUACAUCCCCGUUCCUCCAGCUCGUAUCCCCUCCGACUCCAAAACGGGCAAGCCCGAACAAUCGACCUUUGCCAUCUCCAUCACUCUCCUGACCCCGGGUCAAGAAGUGCCCUAUUCUACCCCUAAAGCCACGCCCGACAAUCCAGAUCCGAAGCCUAAAUAUGUUGGAGAGCUCCCCGGCCAUCGAGAUGAGCCUGCAAAGAGCAAUGCCAUAAUUGGGCCCUACGUUCCCUUGACCACUAGUCCUAACGAGACUAUUGCGGCAUAUAUCUACUUCGAUGGCCGAGCAAAGGAAGAGGUUGCCACACUUCUACGCAAAGGAGAAGAAACUUGGGUCAAUUCCCGUUGGGUUAGUGUCCCUGAGAGGGAGGGAGGUGGUCUGGCAGAAAGAGAAUUCCUCUUCCGUGAGGUUGGCCUGGAGCGCUGGCUAAAUGGUCUAGACCUAGAUGGCAAAGAUGCUGCCGCCGUCAUCGAGAAGCGCAGACUGAAGCUGGAGAAACGCCGUCGGAAGAGAAAAGAAACCCAAGCAAGCGAUGAUGAAGCAAACGGUAGCUCAGCACUCUCGCGCCGAAAGAUCAAGACUCUAAGAUAUGAUGAAGAUGGUCAACUGCGAGAGAUCUCGGACGAUGACGGCUCCUUAAGCGAUUCUGACACUUCGGACGACGACGAUCCUAUCCCUGAAACCGCUGGACAGAUCAAGGUCGCCUUGUUCCGAGUUUUGGCCUCGGGCGAGAUCAAACGAGGGGAAUAUUCACCACAAUUCGACGCUCAUGACGAUGACGAGGAAUCGGAAAAGGGCGAGGAUACAACAAGCAAUGGUAAUGGCAAGUCUGGUGCUGAUGUCGACCACACCACCAGCUUUGCCAAGCCCAAAACAUUGGAUCCUAAAACUAUCUCGACUCAAACUGUUACUGGCAUUGAUCCCACAGAUAAGCCCUAUGCUGUCUUUACCUUCUUGUACCGCGGCGAGCGGCAAUUACAAAAAAUGGGGAUUCUUCGUCCAAAGUCUGAUAAGGCGAGUGUUCCUGCCAAACGACGAAGCCUUGGUGUCGAUCUUCCCAAGUUAGGCCCUCUGAAAAAAGAGGGCACCACUGGAUUCUCCAAUUUCCGUGAUCGUGAGGCUCGAAAGAGUCGCAAGAAUAAGUCAGCAAGUGACGAUGAGAUGGACAGCGAUAGCGAUGAGGAGGCUGGCAUCAUUGGUAAAAUGGAGGACAUAAAUGACGCCGAUAUCAAACGCGAACCAGGUCUGCUCUCCCCCGAUGAUGCUGAGCGGACUGGUCAAGUGGCAGAGGGCAUCCGUAAAAUGAAGCUCAAGAGGCAACAUUCGGCCGAGCCGCUCAAUAGCAAUGGCGUGACUGAAGCACGGAAGAGCUCCAAAUCUGGAAGUCCAUCUGCGGCGUCGACCCCAAACCUUGGUGACGACCAAGAUGCGGUCCCGCAAAUCAACCCCGUCUCUGUCCCCGGGGCGGCGGUGGAUGUCGCCAAGGAAGAGGAGAGUUUCAUGGUUGGCAGUCCCAUGAAGAGACAACGUGCAUCGGUAGCCGAAUUCGACGAAGAUGUCAAGAAACGACUGGGAGGUGGCCUGGCAGCUUCUGCAAGUACAAUUGGGGAAGUGAUUGGGUUGGGCAUGCAACCAUCAUCGCAACCACAGCCGCCUCCGCUCUCCGAGUUGGAUACUGCCCCGAAUCCUUCUGGGCUUCAGUUUGGAGGCGUUCUGCAAAAGCCAUCCACUUCCACCGCUAUUGACGACGACGAGGAGCUGUAGUCGCUCCCAAACCCAGUCACCCACUCCUCGGUCCCUAGUCUUUCCAGGACAUGAGUGUUGAACUGCCCAGAUUCAAAGGCUAUUCGCAUCGUUUUGCUCGACGCUUUUGGAUCGACCGAGUUCAUGCAAGGAGGCCCGAGCUUUUUAAUUACUUGGUUCAAAGAUGCCUGCAUCAGGGGAAUCGGUUACAGUCGCCAGGAUUUGUCUAUCACAGCAAUUAAGGUCAUUUGCGACAGCCGGUGCCUGAACGUGGGGCUGGUUGGAGAAAAUAAACAAGAAUUGCGUUUAUCUAUGGUUGCAUUCAAGUCAAAGCGAGGGCGCCAUUUGUCGGCAAAUGAACUGACUUCCUGGACAACUGGCCCUUUCUCCAUUUGGGCUCUUGUCCCAUUCAUUACACAAAUUAAGUGGUGGAUCAGAUUCAUAUGUGGUCUUAGGAAGAAGCCAGGUGGUUUGGCAAUGUCUCAGUCCAAUGCCCGGGAUGGAUAGAGCAUGUGUGAAGAACGAACGAUGCCAUACCUGCGAGGGUUCUAACGAGAGGAAACCAUAGAAAUGAAAAUGCAGUGAUGAACACACUUCUAGAUGACUGACAAGGCUGCUGGAACGUCUUUCCACGCUCUUUCCUAUGCAGUGAGCCAUGUAUGUAGUCAGUUAGUCGC